AUGCAAGGGGGACGGAUGGUGGUGGAGGAGUCCGUUCGGCUCGCUUCAAUUCUCACGCCUUCUAAACUGGUGACUAGUUUAUCUAUUACUCUCUUUUUCUGCUGGCUGCCGAGGUGGCUUAAUUUUCAUUACUCUGUUUGAAUGAACAUGCUUGUUUUUCUUUCUACCUUACUUAUCAUCUCGUGAUUUCCGAAGAAAGUUUCGUCAUCUCUUGCAUUCAGCCCCCCCCCCCCCCCCGUUUCUUGCUUCCUUUCUCUCGGGGUCGUUGGCAUCGCAGGAAAGUUUUUUGUCUUCUCUGUGUUGAUUUGCUGCGGUGAGUCGCCCUAUGUCUCGCAUUUCCCUAUUCUUCUUUUCAUUCACUAUCGGCUCGUUUGUAUUCUCCUGCUUCUAAACUGGUAGUUAGGUUCUCCGUUACUCGCUCUACUGGCGGUCAAGAUGGCUUAAUUUUCAUUAAUCUGUUUGCAUGAAUAUGCUUGUUUUUCUUUCUGUCUUAAUUAACGUCUCAUGUUUUACGCAUAAAGUUUUGUCAAUUCUUGCAUUUUUCUCCCGUUUCUUGCUUCCUUUCUCUCGGGGUGGUUGGCAUCUCAGGAAGGCCUUUUGUCUUCUCUGUGUCGAUUUGCUCCGGCGAGUCACCCCAACUCUUCUUUUCAUCUACUAUCGGCUGUCUUCAAUUCUCACUCCUUCGAAAAAGGUUGCUAGUCUCUCUGUUACCUUCUUUUUCUGCUGGCUGUCGAGAUGUCUUAAUUUUUAUUGUUCAGUUUGCAUGAAUAUGUUUUUUUUUUGUCUUAUUUGGCAUCUCAUGAUUUAUAAAGAAAGUUUUGUCAACUCUUGCAUUUUUCUCCCGUUUCUUGCUUCCUUUCCAUCGGGGUAGUUGGCAUCUCAGGAAGGUUUUUAGUCUUCUCUGUGUUGAUUGCCCCAGUGAGUCACCCCAUAUUUCACAUUCCCCUAUUCUUCUUUUCAUUUGAUAUCGGCUGUCUUCAAUUCUCACUCCUUCGAAACUGGUCAUUAGUUUCUCCGUUACCUUCUUUUUCUGCUGUCUGUCGAGAUGUCUUAAUUUUUAUUGUUCAGUUUGCAUGAAUAUGUUUUUCAGUCUUAAUUGGCAUCUCAUGAUUUACAAAGAAAGUUUGGUAAACUCUUGCACUUUUCUCCCGUUUCUUGCUUCCUUUCUAUCGGGGUGGUUGGCAUCUCAGGAAGGCUUUUAGUCUUCUCUGUGUUGAUUUGCUCCGGUGGGUCGUCCCAUGUCUCACAUUUCCUUAUUCCUCUUUUCAUUCGUUAAAUGGUUCAGUAGGGUUAUAUCAUUUUCCCAUUUCUUUCCCUCCUCUCUGGGCAAUGGAUUGACUUUUAAGAAUCUACUUUUAUGUUUUUAUCAUUUUUUUAUGAUUAUAUGACAGAUUUUACAAAGGAAAUGUUCGAUACAAUAAUAUCAUCCUUCACUGAAUCGUCCUCACUCUAAACUGUGGAAUCUUCACAUUUUCUUGGUUGACCUCGGAAACCAUGUGUUUUCUCCAAUCAUCAUGCGGAGGCUACAAGAAAUAUUCCUUUCCUUGUGAUGAUUUCCUUUUUUAAUAUAUACUAUUUUGUUCGAAAACGCACAUUCAUCAAUGGAAUAUGUUAAUAUUGUCUGAUAAAGCUGAUUUGAGAUACUUGUGAUGGUUUAGUACUGCCAAUUUGAUUUUCCUCAGAAACCUGGUUUCAUUAUCUCUAUGAAAUGCAGAACUUUUUCCCAUCGCUGACCAAAAUUGUCGCAACCCUUGGACCAAAGUCUCGCUCCAUUGAAGUGAUUGAAUCAUGCCUAACAUCAGGAAUGUCAGGUAAACUGUGCUGAUUUUUGAAGAUAUUUUCAUUUUUUACCAUAGAUUUUUUUUUUGAUCAUGCCUACUUUACCUCUGGCAGUUGCACGAUUUGAUUUCUCUUGGUUAGAUUCUGAGUACCACCAGGAGACUCUUGAGAAUUUGAGAAAAGCUGUGAAGAAUGUUAAGAAGCUGUGUGCAGUAAGUCUUGGAGGAUUAGUCUGGUAUCCCCUGUUUAUUCUUAUUAUUUUUUUCCUUUUCGCAGGUUUUAAAAUGAUAGACAGACAUGGUUCUUCACUUUCUCUUGAUAACUCGUGCAUUUUUUUUAUUUAAUAAGAAUCGUUUUAGUGUAUACUAUGAGAGCUAUGCCAUUUGCCGUUGUACCUCGAAUCUCUCCUUUUUUUUCAACAAUGUUUUUCUAUAUUCCAGAGAUAUUACAAGGAUGUGCAUUCAUUGUAUACUCUGCUUGCCCCAGAAGACCAUAAUUUACCAACCGCGAACUUAAGACUUCUUUAUGAAUUAUCUUGCAUGCUUUCCUUAUGAGAGUAAGUUAGUCGUAUAUUGUAUCUUGGUGGAAAAAUGCCCUCAAUGUACUUUUUCAAAGUACCUAGAGUGGAUAACUAAGCAUUUUAUCUCUUAAGAUCCAUACUUUUAACUUAAACCCCCACGUUGAGGCAGAGUAUAUGCACCCACCCGUAUCUAAACAGUGCAAUCAUUUUGAAAAAUUCAUCAUUUCUAUGGUAAUGUACUUGUGGAGCUAGUUCAUGCUGUUUGGGUCGUAGCAUCUAAGGUGUCAAUUUUCUUCAGGUUAUGCUGGAUACUGUUGGCCCAGAGCUUCAGGUUUUCAAUACUAAUGGGUCCCCAAUUGAGUUGAAAAAUGAUGAUCGCGUUACCAUUACGCCUGAUAUAUCAAAAGUUCCUUCAUCAGGGAUCUUGCCUGUUAAUUAUGCUGAAUUGGCAAAGGUGUGUCAAAUGAUACAGCACAAAGUAUUGUUAUUGCAUUUGAUUGUUUGUUUUAAUGCCAUUAAGCUUCCAUAUUUUCGUGUUGAUGGUUAAAAUCUUAGUCAGGGCUCGGCAUAAACUUGAGUACGUCUUUUUUACUGCAUAUCAAGACUUGAACUGUUUAUGAUCCAUUUUUAUGAUUCUCAUGAAUAUAUUGAAGAGAAUGGCUAUAUGCUCGUGAACUUGCUUUUUUUUCAAAAGAACUGAUGAGAUAAGAUGAGAUUGUAAAUAUAACCCUAAUUCGAAGGUAGUAUUAUUGUUUGUGGAUCUCGUUUGAUGACUUGACUAUUUCUUGAUCUGAGCACUAAGUUAGCCUGUAUUCGGAAUAUUACUUUUUGUUCCUCACUUUAUCUUUUACUUAAUUUGUAUCAGUGAGUUGAUAUAGCUGUUUCGACCCAUUAAACAUAUGUGAACAAGUACAGUGAUUUCUCCAAGAAAUUGUAAUUUAUUCACUUUUUAAAUAGUAUUUAGAGUUUUAUGAUCUAAUUAAUGGUGGGUUCUAACUAAGUGAAUGAGUUCUAUGGGACUAUUUCAACAGAUCUGCCGGAAGACAGACCCAUUGGGUCACUUUAGCUCUCUCAUGAAAGAGGGUUGAUCUGUCUGCUUAUUGAUGCUGAAACUGCAGAAACGUCAUUCCCUCACUUAACAUAAAUAGUCUUAUGAAUGGAGCUCCAUAUUGCAUCUUAUCUGUGGUUCAUUUUGUCCGGAUUUGUUAAUAAUGUUUCUGUAGAUAUAGUUGACGUGAACGAAACUCUCAUGGCAAAGAUAUUGGUGCUUUCUAAUUUCCGUCCCAAUGUUCUUUUAGCUUCAAUUAUUCUAAAUUCUGCGUCAUAGGUAUCUGGCUGGCUCUUGCUGACAUUGUCUUUGUGUUGUAAUCUAAUCCCGUGUAAGAUGGUCUAGCUCUCUUUGUUUAAACAUUUAUAACAGUUUUUUCCCAAUGCGGAACUGCAGGCUGUUAAAAAGGGUGAUACAAUUUUUGUUGGCCAGUAUCUCUUCACAGGAAGUGAGACGACAUCUGUUUGGCUAGAGGUGAAAACAUGGGUUGAUCCUUUGUUUUUACAUGGCUGAAUAUUCUGGUGUUUUUUUUCGUCUUUAACUGAAAAUUUAUCUUCUUUUUGCAGGUAAUUGAAACAAAUGGUGAAGAUGUCAUCUGUCUCGUGAAGAAUAGUGCUACACUUUCGGGUUUUAUUUUGACUAUGCAUGUAGCUCAAGUCCACAUCAACUUGCCUACUUUGACUGAAACUGAUAAGCAGGUCAGCUCACUCCCUUAUGACUUGACUGUUGAUAUUUUGGUCAGAACUUUAAAUCCUUUUCUGUUGCAGACGCCUAAUCUCCCUCAUGAUCGUUCGCGUUUUUGAAUUAUUGUUUCAUUUUAUCUUCAGGAUAAGUAAGCAUGGUAUAAAAUCCUUUGAUUUCUUCUAGUUGAUCUUUAUUUCUUGGAGGUCUUUCAUAGAAGAUGUAGGCCAUGCCUUAUAAAUUUAGAUAUGUGACUCUUAUGUUCCUUUGCCAAAUAAUGAUUUAUAGUUUCAUCUGCAAUUUUUGCCCCUGGUAUGAGAUCAGAUUUCGAUUUCAGUGAGAACAAGAAAAGGUUGUGUUUUCAACGUGAAAUAUGUCUGAUUCUCUCUUUACAUUCGAAUAGCACGUCUACCUGACACAAAAUGAUGCAAUGAGAGGUUAAUGACUGGUUGAAGGUCUGUCUGAGUUUUAUCUCGACUUGUCAUCCUUUAGGUUAUUUCAACGUGGGGGAGUCGUAACAGUGUUGAUAUCAUUUCACUCUCUUACACACGACAUGCAGAGGAUGUACAGCAAGUGAGUUCUUUGAAGCUUUUUGAACUAUAGUUUUUCAAUUAAAAUCACUUUGAUUGAUGAGAGGAUGCUCAUUAGUCGAUUCACAUCUAUUCUCAUUCCUGUAUGCCUGUGGCGAAUGUUGCUCCAUAUUCUCAUUCAUGCAACAACAGGUAGCUUAGUGAUGCUUUACUAUUAUAAUGGACGAAAUAGGACCAGAAAUGCGGAAGACAUAACUGUAGUAUAGUACGGUAAUGUAAGGUUGGGACGAAUGUGUAUCUUGGAUACAUUUUAUGCUGUUCUUGAUAACAUAUUUCUUAGAUGGACUGAAAAUUUUCGAUGAUUUCUUUGCCAAAACAUAUUCCUGAUUAUUGACAUAGAUCUGAUUUUGAAAGGGCAAGACUUUCUUUCCUUGCAAUUAAAGAAAUUGGUUUUCCUCAUUGAUACUGUUGAUAUUCCUAUCAGAUACUCCCUCAUUAUACCUGAAGGCAUCAUAAUUUCAGACAAAACAGUUUCUUCAAAUUAUGGCAGUCUUCACCAUAGCCCCAAAGAAGCUGUCCAAGUAUCUAACAUUGCCCUCGUUUCUGAACACUUACUUUUUUUGUGAUGCUACGUCAUUCUUUUUUAUUCGAAAUGCAAUUACUCUUAGUAUAAAUAUUUUGAUAGUCAGAAAAUUAUAAUGCUCUAAAAUAGGUCAACACACUAUUGUUACAUUCCAGAAAAGAAGGGAAACGCACAAAGGAAAGUGUGCGGUAUCCUUGUCUGAUGUUCAGUUUCUCAAUUUUGUCAAAAAUUGUGCCAGGCUUACUGAACAGCCAGAUGUAUUGUAAUAUGUUUUAUGCGCAAGAUUCAUAACCAAUUUUUGAUUCACCUGUCACUAGGCAACUUUCUCCCGAAUGAAUGUUUUACUUUAAAAUUUUCAUCAAAUUACAUUGCUUUGCUUAAAAUAUUCAUCGGGAAUGUUAAAUUGAAAUAGUUGAUUGUCUUUGUUUCUUAUGGAAAAUAUUCUUGUCCGUUGAGCAUGUUUCCGUCGUGGAAACUAUUCUCUAUGGCAGGUGCAUAAAGGCAACUUGUAAAAAUGAAUUCACUUCCAACACAUCAUAUGCCUGUUUGUCGUUCUUUGUUUAAUAUUAUCCAAAUAUCUUGCUCUAAAUAAUCUUGUCUUCCUGUUAUAAGUUUAUUUCAUUUUGCUACGUAAAGUUUGCUGUUGUACCUCAUAUUAUAGUUCCCUUAUUGAUGUCAGAUACCAGGUGAUUGUCUAUUUAUGUUAAAUGCUUAACGUACUCCCAUAAGAGCCCACUUAGUUUUAAAAUACUUUCCUUGAUGAUCCAUGUUGGAUCCAUCGAUUAUUCCUCAAAUGGUUAACAAUUCCUGAUGCUUAGUUUUAGAAAUUUUCUGUCAUCUACGGCAUACUGUUCGGAAUUGGAGGAAGAAGAUGAAUUUUGUGGAAGAUGUUCCUCUUGUUUCAGCAAUCUUUAUCCCUGAUACUGUAUCCAAUUAGCCUGCCUUAUUAGAUUAUAAAACAUAAAUUUUUUCUAGGAAAACAACUGAUCAGCAGCAGGUCUUUCCCUCUGAAAUCGCCAUCUUAAUUACAAACAAAUAACAAUGUACAUAUUGGAGAGGUUAACAACAAUUAAAUAUCUGAUAAUAUAUUUUACAUUACUUCCUGGGAACAAACUCACAAAGAUUUUUUCAUUUCCUCUCAGUUGCGUUAUAUUCGAAUAGCUGAAUGUUUGUACUGUCAGGGUGAUUGCAUUCUAGUGAUUUCUGAUUCAGUAAAGUGUGUCAUUCUUCAGUAUAAUUAAUUAUAUAUGACAACGCACAUAAAAUUGAUGUCCAAAGAAUUUGUUUGAGUUCCUUAUAAUAUCUCAUAUGUUUAUUUUCGUUUGCAGCUUAGAGCAUUCCUUGACGCUCAUAAUCUUACUGAAACUCAGAUAUUUGCUAAAAUUGAAAAUGUGGAGGUGAGUAAAUGUUUUUAACAUUGAACUAUGGUUCUUGAUUGGCCUUCAUUUGUUUAUCCUUUAGAAAUGGGAAAAUCCGUGCCUUUCAGUUAGUCUUAUUCAGUAUUUUUUCCUGGUUCAACAUGUUUUCCAUAUCAGUUAAAUUUUGUCUUUAUUUCAAUACGUUAUACCAUCUACAUUACAGGGUCUGAGGCAUUUUGACGAUAUCCUCCAAGAAGCGGAUGGUAUUAUACUUUCUCGUGGCAAUUUAGGCAUAGAUCUUCCUCCAGAAAAGGUUAUCCUCAAAUCUAUCAAACUUUAUAAUUUACUGACCUUACUACUUAGGUAUUGGUUAUUUUAGUUUCCUGCUAGAAAUUUCACCGCCAUUAUUUUAAAAUGUACCUACAGACCUCGUAACUAUUAGCGAAUAUAAAUACUUUCAGAUUGUCAAGAGUAAAUUCUUUAUUUCAUCUGUGUUUUUAUCAUAUCAUCUGUGUUUUUAUUUCACUAUUGAUGACAUCUAAACUAUUUUAUUUUUAUUCCUGAUUGAUAAUUAUUGAAUCUUAUUGUAUUUUCUGUUUUUGUCCUCUUGUACUCUAGUCAAAUUUUGUUUGUGGCUAUUUCGCUUCAUGUAAAGACAUAAGUUCGUGCUGAUUUAUUCCAAGUGAUAAGUCAAAACUAUUUCGCUCGACCCUUCUAUAUUAGCACGAAUUGUGAUUGUAACAAUGAGGCGCCUUUUUUACGUGAGAAAGAAUAGACAAACCAAUAUCCGUUGAUGGAAACAGGUGACUCUGCUUUCCUCAGCUCAAUUAUCGGUGAAUCUCUACCUAUUAAGUGGAGGUAGUCAAACUCUCCUGCUGCUGAAUGGUGACGUCUUAGCUUUAGGUGCAACAGCUAAGUCAUUCUCAACAUAACGAUGGUAUCUCCUAGCUUGGAGGUUAUUUUGGAAACCAUCAUCUAUAUUAAUACUGGAACAUUUUUCUGGUGGUAAAAAAAUUGUACUUCAUUACACUUUCUUAACCCACACAGAUAUUCAUUGCAAACUGUCUGUGAUCCUCUCUUUGUCUAGACUAUUACUGUAUUUAUUACAGUUUAGGUUAAUAUUUCAGGGCUACUCUAGUGCUUUUCCGAGCUCAAAAAUAUAGACACCCAAAGAAAACUUAAUAGGUUCUCUAUAGUUUUUAGCAUUUGCAGUCUUGUGGGAGACUUACGUCUGCAGUUGAAACACUCUUCAAAAUCCUUGUAUUCUUCAUAAAAUCAUAUCGAUGACACCUGCCAAAUGGAUAGUACAAUGCAGAAAUUCGGCAUGACAAUGAUUUCUUGCCUUCCAUAUGUGGAAGUUGCUCUGAAAUAUCUUUAUGGAACUUCGCAGAAAGUAUUGUGUGAUCGGUCAUUUAUCCUUCACCUUGGAAGUGUUUUGUGAUCCAUCUAGUGGAUGACUCCCACUCCCUUGGAGAACAUCACAAAUCCACAUAACGAAUUCACCUUGUUCACUCCCUCUUUCGCAAUGUAGUGCAAUAGAAAUGUUUUUUUUUCUGGUCUCUGUAGUAAAUCACUACGCUGAAAACAACGGAGCCAAUCCCACUGUCGCUCACGUAAUCAAUCCUAAACUUUAUCCUCGCCAUUUGAUGCGUUGCAAGCACUGUUUAUUGACUUAGUGUUCGUAUCCCACUCAUAUGUUUUGGAUCAAUUUUCCAUAUAGUUCAUAUUUUGUGGUUAAAGUUAUUAGUUGACCACCUUUUGUUCUGAGGUGAUUGCAAACUUUGAUGUUUCGAAGUCCAAGCUGAGUUGUAAUUGAGUCAGUAGCUGAUUGUUAUUCUGUGUUUUCAAUAUGUUACUGAGUCGACCAACUCCUCUUGGAUAACAUUUUGUUUGUAAUUGGCUGAGUUACAAACUAUUAUAAAUGCUGAUUUAUGGGGGCUGCAGGUAUUCCUGUUUCAAAAGGCUGCUCUUCAUAAGUGCAACAUGAUGGGGAAGACUGCCAUUGUUACUAGAGUAGUCGAUAGCAUGACCGACAAUUUACGCCCUACCCGGGCUGAGGCGACCGAUGUGGCAAAUGCUGUCCUUGAUGGUUCGUAAUGCAGUAUUUUUUCCUCAAACUGAGCCCAUAAUGCAUUUCAAUGAUUUCAAGCCGCUCUUUCUCUUCAUUUUUUUUUCAUCAUUUAUUAAAAAAAAAUUAUACUUCGUCCAACUGAUGUCGCAUGCCUUUCUAUUUUCUAGGCGCUGAUGGAAUUUUAUUAGGAGCAGAGACACUCAGGGGUCUGUAUCCUGUUGAUGCGAUAAAAACUGUCGGAAGAAUUUGCGCUGAAGUAUGCCUCUUAAAUCUGCCUGACGACUUAGAACUCUGUUCCAUUCAUGCUAUAAGUUUUUCUGGACAAUGCUUGACCGAAUUAAUAUGCCACAAUAUCAUCGCCAAGUAUCUUCUCCAUAUUUGCAGGCUGAAACUGUUUACGACCAGUCUGCUCACUUUAAAAGCGUUGUGAAGCAUGUUGGGGAGCCAAUGUCUCAUUUAGAAUCUGUUGCUUCUUCCGCGGUAACACAGAUAUUUUAUUGUUGUAAUUAAAUUCCUUCUCUGUGCAAACACGGUCCCUUAAUGAGGCCUGUAUUUUUCCCUUUUCAUGAUUGCAGGUACGCGCCGCAGUUAAAGUCAAGGCGGCAAUUAUUGUGGUCGUAACUAUGUCUGGCAGAGCUGGACGGUAUAGACCAGAUAUACAGAUGCAUUUAUGUCAUUUGCGUAUUUAAGAUUCGAUCCUUGUUCCUGACCAGCAAUAAAUGGCAGUUCCGACCUGAAUACUGAAAAGCCUUUCAACGUUGCGUUUGCAGGCUCAUUGCUAAAUACAGACCUCCAAUGCCCGUGUUGGCUGUCGUUGUUCCACGGCUUCGGUCAAACUCACUGAAAUGGAGCUUCUCGGGCGCAUUACAGGUUAAAGAACGACGUCUUGCCAGGGUUUUGUUAUCUUCGAUUGUGUUGAGAUCCUUGGAUGGAGGUGGGUUCAAUCCAAUCUUGUUGUUGUCUGUGAUGCAGGCUCGGCAGUCUCUUGCUGUCAGAGGAGUCUACCCUGUCCUGACCAGUCCCACCGUGGUAGGUUUUCCUUUCUUUUGGAACCCAUUACGAAUAAUUAUCUUAAUAGAUUUUCGGUAAAGAUUCAUCAAUACCCCCCCCCCCACACCCCCACGUCGGAGAUUCCCCUUGAAGCAGUGCAACCUCACGGUUGUUAGGGAGUGGCAGCUAGCAGAUAAUAAUGUUCUCUUUCUGUAUUUCUCACUGGAUGAUCUCAUUCUUUCUCGUCUCCUCCUUUUCUUCCAGGUAUCUUCGGGCAGUCCGGGCGACGGGUCCGACCUGUCCCUCGCGCUGAGCUACGCCAAGUCUGUGGGCUUGGUGAAGCCCCACGACCGGGUCGUCGUCUUCCAGAAGAUCGGGGACUCGUCGGUCGUCGAGAUCGUCGAGCUGCACGACACCUGA